UAAAUUUCAAAAAUUUUCUCAUUCGAUAGAUUGUCUCGAACUUGAAUAACGUUUUAUAAAAUGUUUUUUAAUAUUUGAAUAAAAAAUUUAAACGUGCAAAAAAAUAUAAUUCCAACUAGUUUUUUAAUUGCAACAACCGUUAAAAAGCUUGUGCGAAGAAAAUAAAUAAAAAGGCAGAUAAGAAAAAGGACGAACGCGCAUGUUUGAGACGAGCGCGACACAAACAAAAGAUCACUAUCAAAGCUGUCGGCGGCUGAGGCGCAAUCAGCGAUCAACAAACAGACCAGAGAGGCAGUGAAAAUCGAGGAAAUGAGUAAAACGAAAAGCGCUACGACAAGCACACGUAAAAGUAGCCACAACUACGAUUAUCAUGAGAGCGACCAACACGACGAGCUGUCGGAUGAGCUGAGUAUCUCCAGCUCAGAGGACGAUGUUGUGGCCACAAGAAAAUCGCGCAAACUGCAGCCGACAGAUGCCGCUGAUUAUGAGGAGGGUGGUGGCAUAUACGACCGAGGCGGCCGGAGGCGACGCCGCAGCGGCAGUAAGAGACGUCGUAGUCGUGGCAGACGAUCGCGCUCACGCCGUCGUCGCCGCUAGAUGCUUCCUGUUCCUUGCAGUUUUCUUUUUUAUUUUUUGGAUAAAUUUCGUGUAAAAGAAAUUAUAAUAUUAUUUAUUUUAUUUUUAUUUUUUGGUCCAACCAACUCUUGACGCGUUGACAAAUUUUGUAUACUCUUUCAUGUAAAUAAAUCGAUUUGUGUAGAAAUAAAUUGCAAGUGAUACUUUAUAAUACAUAAUGUAUGUAUGUA